AUGCUCCUGCUGGUGCUCAUGGUGACUGGCCUCAGUUACACCACAGCAGAGAAGUUGCCGUUUCCUCAACAGGUUAACAUCAGCUCGUGUCCCUGGAAUGUUUUUGGAGUUUACUAUGAGACGCUUUAUUUUUCCUUUAACGCUUCCUCUAAUAAGACCUCUAUGUGUACACUUGGCUAUUUCGACCCUGACGUCCAGAACAUCUGCCUCCACGUAACCACAGCGACUGAUGUGGAUACAGUCGAAAUGGAGAAUUACACAUCUUCAUCCACAGACUCCUUCACUGCUCCCAGCGGAGUCACAGUCACAGGAUCAUACUCGUGCUACCUGUCCAUUUACUACUACAAAAAUACAACCAACAAGGUGUCUUUUUAUCUGGAAUCAUACGACCCUCCCUUUGGAAUGGUGUAUAUCACCCAAGAUGAACCAGCACUCUUCAAGAUGCAAAUCGGCGACAUUUCUUAUUAUGAAAAAUCAACUAAUGGAGACAGUUUGGUGAUACUUGGAUGCACAGUCGGUUCUACAUUUGUUAAUUCCAAUUGGACGAGCUGCACUGGUCCCACACUAAAGACCUGCUCUGCCAACUCCACUGAGAUCAUCGACACUAAAUGUGCUUGGGGCUGUUGGAAUGAAGGCUGUGUGGACACGUGCUCAGUUUUGGGCUCCAAUGUCAUCGACGUGAACGGUGUGAAAGGCGCGAUAAGUGACCUCUGCGGCUACACGCUGCUGUCCGGCGGCCCGGUGCAGCUGGGGGCGGUGUUCAAAGAGCGCCGCCACACAGACGUUCCUCUGCUGGACCAUCUGGAGCUCAGCGUGGGGUCCACAAAGAUCCACCUGGGGCCCGGAGCCGCGCAAGUGCAGGUGAAUGGCUCUCUGGUAAACAUCAGCACCGCUCUGAUGCCGCAGGGAGUCAACGUGUCCAAAACCUCCAGCGGAAUCUCUCUUCAGUACCAGCAGAUGUUUGAGCUGGUCUUUGACGGCUCCUCUGCAGUCCUCGACAUCACAGAUCCGACCGGACUGACUGGUCUGUGCAUCAGUGCCGCAAACGUGAGCGCCGCCGUGUCUGCUGCGCUGAGCAGUGCUGGAUGUGACACGGUGCAACAAGAGCCGCCCGACGUCUCCGUUAACUGUUCCAUCGCCAAACAACAAUGUGAGCUCCUGAACAGCAGCCUCUUCUCCGACUGCCACUCCACGAUUGACCCGUCUCUGUUCAUGGAGACCUGUGAGGAGUUUCUGUGCAAAUACCCCUCUAAGGACGGCUUCGACUGCGCCUUCCACGACGCCUACGCCGCCGUCUGCUCCAUGUUCAACGUCACACUGCCCGAGUGGAAAACCUCAGCAAACUGCAAGUUCCCGGUGGAUUUCUGUAAGGACACUUACUGCAGUGACCAUGAGUUCUGUGGUGCUCACAUGUAUGAAGAAACUUGCAUCUGUCGCGCUCUGUUUGCUGCCAAAUAUAACGGGACUCUUGGCGAUCCCACCGUGUGCAGCCAAAACUCCGCGUCCCUCUCCCUCGCUGCGUGUCUACUGACUGCCCAAGGAGUCCAUUAUGACGAGUUACAACUGGUUAAUCCCAACUGCACCGGCGUGUUGGACGCGACCAGCCACAUGCUGAACUUUGGGUUUGAUGCAGACAACAUGUGUGGGACCAAUGUGACGAGUGAGAACAACCAGCUGAUCUUCAAGAAUAAAGUGGUGCUCAAGAACCACACCUCCAGCAUUAUCACUCGCCACAACCAGUUUGAGCUGGACUUCUCCUGCUACUACGACCAGCCUGAGAUCAAGACUAUGGCCCUCAAGAUCAAGGACAGCUCUGUGGUGCAGACCAUUGUGUCUGGACUCUGGUCUUAUAACCUGACCAUGAAGGCCUACCUGGACUCAGACCUGAUCGAUCCCAUCGUCCCGACCACGGAGCUGCAGCUGGAUCAGCCCAUCUGGGUGGAGCUGAGCGCCGAGGAGCUGGACCAAGACCUGGUCUCCAUAGUUACGGACUCCUGCUGGGGCACCAGUCAACAGCCGUCCAACUCCACGCCCCAGUACAAGCUGAUCCAAAACGGCUGUGCCAACCCCGCGGACGCCUCUGUGAAAGUCACCGGGAACGGCGUGGGAACCUCCAACAGCUUCACCUUUAAGAUGUUCGAGUUCACCGGCUUGUCCUCUGACGUCUACCUGCACUGUGAGGUGUCUCUGUGCGUGACCAGCGACGGCUGUGCCCCGGUGUGUGGGGGAGGACUACGCCGCCGCCGCCGCUCCCUCAAAAAACACCGCAACCGCGCCCUCAUCACCAUGUCCUGGACCAACUGACACCAACUGGGACCAGGUUCCCAAAACGUCCUGGAGAAGUUUGUGACGACCGGACGGGCGAGCCUCCUCUCAACACCCAGUUUAUUUCUGCCUCCUUCCUUCUUUGCUUUUUGAAUUGAAAUGUACUCUGAUGUUUCUAAUCAUGAAUUCAUAUGAAAAUCUAAAUUUGAACCAAAACAAAACUGAUUAAAUAAAUAAUAAAAAAUAUAUAUACAUAAAAAAUAAUAAAAAAAUAAAUAAAUAAUAAAAAUAAAAUAACAUAAAAUAAAAUAAAAUAAAAUAAAACAAAAAUAAAUCAAAUCAAAUCAAUCAAAAUUAUAUGUAUAUGGGUGAAAAAAUCAUAGGGAAAAAAGUUGUGAUUUUGUGUGAUGUUUGAGUGUGUGGAACUCCUGCCUCACAGCCAGAAGGUCCCAGGUUUGAUUACCGGACUGGCUUUUUAUUAAUUAAGUGUGACUCUUGUUCUAAUCUGUUCUAUUUCUGUUUGCAUCAAAGAAAAAAAAAAUAAUA